UGUCAGUGGCUCCACAAUGAAAACAUCCCCAGUCACCACCGGCAGGCUGCAUUUUGACUCUCUGUCUUGCACAUGCUCAGUGAGACUCCAGUCGUGAAUCUUUUCAUUCAUGAUGUACAUCUCUCUUCCUCCAUCGCCUGGCUAGGCAAGCUGCUGCUGUAGCCUCCACCUUACCUCCACUCUGCUCUGUGCUGUCUCUGACAAUGGAUGAUUGAUUUCUCCAUCCCUCCCGUUUAUCCCUCGCUCCUCAGUGGGGAAAAGAAACAAGAAACAGGGGGAACACAAGACUGUCUUGGGGGAAUUAUUCUCUCUCCUCUCUUCUUUCCUGGGAUGGAUGGAUGAGGAUUUAUAUUGGUCAUGUAAUCCUCUUCAAGGCAGUAGAAGACGUGAGAGAAGAGGGGGAAGAGGAGGAGGAGAAGUAGAUGAGCGAUGUCUUGGGCUACAGUGUGAGGGAGGUUUUCAACAGAGGCAUAUGUGCCUCUCUAGUCUCUCGUCUCAGUGUUGAUUUUGGACAGAUGAUGAUGUUUUAGUUUGACCAUGGAGUUCAGCGCGUCAUCUGUGUUUGACCAGCAGAAAGAUUCUGCUGAAGAAGUGGAUCUGAACGUCGUUUACCAAGCAGCCGCCAAUGGGGAUGUCAACACAUUAACAGCAACCAUACGGGAGGAUCCCUCCAUUUUGGAGUACUGUGAUGGUGAAGGCUCCACCCCUUUGAUGCAUGCGGUGUCAGGGAGGCAGGUGGACACGGUGAAACUCCUGCUGAAGAUGGGUACCUCCAUCAAUACCCAGGAUGCCUGUGGAAGGACUUCGCUCUCCCUAGCGACAUAUCUGGGGUGGCUCGAAGGCUGCGUGUGUUUGCUGCGAAAUGGAGCCAAGCAGAACAUCCCUGAUAAAAAUGGUCGCCUGCCUCUUCACGCAGCGACCGCUGAGAUCGACCUCAAACUCAUGGCAGUCCUGCUGCAGCAAUCGACUGCGUGUGAAAUCAACCACCAAGACAACGAGGGCAUGACUGCUCUUCAUUGGGCAUCUUUCCACAACCGUCCUGAGCAUGUGCAGGCGCUCCUGCAGAAAGGGGCGGAUCCUACACUGGUGGACAAGGACUUCAAGACAGCCCUCCAUUGGGCAGUGCAGAGUGGCAGCAGAUUCAUGUGUUCUCUCAUCCUGGAGCACAGCCUUGGCUCCUCGGUCAUCAACUACGACGACGAAAACGGAAAGACCUGUGUGCACAUCGCUGCUGCCGCUGGAUACAGCGCCAUCCUCUAUGAGUUGGCGCGCUUUGCCGAGACUAACCUGCAGGCCCUGGAUGUGGACGAACGGACCCCUCUUCAUUGGGCGGCAGCAGCGGGGAAGGAGGACUGUGUCCAGGCCUUACUGCAACUAGGGGUGGAGACAGGGCCCAGGGACAUCAACGAGAACACACCGCUCACAUAUGCAAUGUACUGUGGCCACACUGCCUGCAUCAAGCUCCUCUCAGCUGACAACAGAUCCAAUUCAGCCAGAAAGCUGCCUUCCCAGGGCAGUGAUCCAUCCCAGCUACCUUCCCAGGGCAGUGAUCCAUCCCAGCUGCUUUCCCAGGGCAGUGAUCCAUCCCAGCUGCCUUCCCAGGGGAGUGACCCAUACCAGCUGCCUUCCCAGGGGAGUGAUCCAUCCCAGCUGCCUUCCCAGGGCAGUGAUCCAUCCCAGCUGCCUUCCCAGGGCAGUGAUCCAUCCCAGCUGCCUUCUCAGGGGAGUGACCCAUCCCAGCUGCCUUCCCAGGGGAGUGACCCAUCCCAGCUGCCUUCCCAGGGCAGUGAUCCAUCCCAGCUGCCUUCUCAGGGGAGUGACCCAUCCCAGCUGUCUUCCCAGGGGAGUGACCCAUCCCAGAAGAAGGAGGGCAAGUUCCGCAUGCUCAACCAGAUUUUCUCUUGUAAGAGGAAGGAGCACUACACCACCCGCCAGAGAGAGCUGGGCCGCGACAGACACCUGAGGGAGGAGACCUCAGAGGUGGAUGACAUCAUCACCAUGUUCGAUUGUCUGGCUGACUCCUCUUCAGCCAAGGAGCUUGAAAACGAACGCUCCAAAGUCAGGAAACGGCCUUCGAUCGAAGCAGCGCAGAAACUCAAUCCACUCGACAUCCGGACAGCGAAGGACUACAAGGGACUGCCUCCUAUACGGACACAAAGCCUUCCGCCCAUCAAUCUGGGCACGUCUUUGUUGGCCAUCUCCCAGAGUGCUGUGGAGCAGAGUCAAGCCACGAGGCCGAUAGUCAACCACUUUGCACACCGCUCUCAGAAAAGCAAGAGUGAGCAUGACUUAUUUGACAGCAGGCCGAAGGGACAAGUGUUGGUCAGUCAUUCCUGGAAGACCGAGGCCAAUCAGUCCAUUUUGGCCCACAAAUCCUGGAUAUCACCCCCACCAGAAAGGCUGUUGGACAAACUGUACCAUGAGACUUAUGGACCUACUGAUGUCAUCUGCCCACACCAAGCCCCAUACAUACAGAAGAACGAACAAGCUCCAAAUACACACCUGCUAACUCUGGACAGGUUAAACAUGAGGGAGACUGCACUCACACGGAACUGCUUGGCCCCCAUUCGUGACCACUGUACACACCGGUUCUCCUUGCCACCAGACCAAGUCUCUAAAGGGGUGAGGAAGUCCAAGUCCCUGCCUCUCAACACCCUUUGUCGGGGACAAGGGGGUCUCCCGCCGCCAGUGAUCUCCAAGACCCAGAGGCCAGGGAUCCCCCAAAGCCCGUCCGUGUGCUCCUUCCUGCCCAUGCUGAAUGGAGACCCUCUGAGGAGCGUGCAGGUGCUCCCUGCCAUCCCAUCCCAGAGGAAAUACAGCCCCACUGUGGGUCAACCCAAAAUGGACACCCUCAGUAAACUGGACAACAGAACCUAAUGCAACCGCAUAGCUCAUUGGAGGCUUGGGGAGAUAUGUGGUGGAGUGGACCUGAUUGGAAACUGGACUUGGCAGGGUUAGCUAACAGCAGGCUAUUUUCUGUGGAAUUUUGUCAGGUCUGAAUGAAAUUUGUCCCUAAGUGUAAAAAAAAUAAUAAUAAUUGUCCCUGAGUGUAAAAACUGACUAAACUCAUCAAGAGGAACUCUACUGUAUGCCACAGUAAAUUGCUCAAGACUUUGCAAACAUUUGUUAAUGAACAGCAUCCUAUUUUUACACGUUUAUACUGUACUUAGUGGUGGAAAUUCCACAAUUCAAGGCAUGCACUGUGUACUGUUUGAUUUACUUGCACUUUGAAAUUGAGACUUUAUGUUGAGGUUGUCAUGUGACUGUUUCACUAAAUGAAUAAAAUAUAUGACAUUUUUGUUA